AUGGCUGAUCCCAAGAAAUAUACUGUUGGUUGGAUCUGCGCUCUGACUACGGAGCAGAUUGCGGCGGCGGCGUUUCUCGAUGAGCAGCACGCACCCUUGGAAGACCAGCCGUCGCAUGACUCCAACAGCUACAUAUUGGGUUCUAUUGGAAAGCACAAUGUUGUCAUUGCUGUUCUUCCCUUAGAAUACGGGACCGCUUCUGCGUCCAACGUGGCCACCAAUUUACUACGAACCUUUCCCAACGUCAGAGUUGGUCUUCUCGUUGGUAUUGGCGGCGGUGCACCUAGCGAUAGACAUGAUAUUCGUUUAGGAGACGUCGUGGUCAGCGCACCCUCGGCCGGCAACGGAGGCGUAUUCCAAUAUGACUUUGGAAAGACGAUCCAGGGAGAAGCCUUUCAGCACACAAGGUUUCUGAACCAAUCUCCAGCGGUUUUACGCUCUGCAGUAGCGAGCCUCCAGACCAGAUAUAUGCUCGAUGGGCAUCAGCUAAAAAAGAACAUCGAAAGCGUUCUAGAAACAAGAAAGAGACUCAAAAAACUAUUCGGUCGACCAAAUGAAAACAGCGACAUGCUAUUCCAAUCCAAUGUAGUCCACGACGAGGAAGGCUGCGCAGCAGUAUGUGCAAAGAACAAAUCCAACUUGGUCGCACGUUGCGAACGUACUGAACAUGACGAUGACCCUGCAGUGCACUAUGGCCUUGUUGCUUCUGCGAAUCAAGUCAUGAAAGAUGCCCAUAUUAGAGAUAAACUUUCUGCUGAAAAAGAUGUCUUGUGCUUCGAGAUGGAAGCAGCAGGACUGAUGAACAAUUUUCCUUGCUUGGUGAUACGCGGAAUAUGCGAUUACUCUGACUCCCAUAAGAGUAAGGAGUGGCAAGGCUUCGCGGCAAUGGCAGCUGCUGCAUAUGCAAAAGACCUCCUCGGUAUAAUUCUUCCAGGCAAGAUUGAAGCAGAACGGAGACUUAGCGAGGUCCUUACGCAAGUUAGAGACGCUGUAACCAAUAUUGAGACAAACGUUGAAGAUAUCAGAUCCCGAAUGAAUUCGGAGGAGGACCUCAAAAUCUUGGACUGGCUUGCAGACUCCAAUUACAGUAGCCAGCAUAAUGACUAUCUCUCCAGACGCCAACAGGGCACAGGACAGUGGCUCUUGGAAUCAAAGGAAUAUCAGAACUGGCUAUCGGCGAAGAAGCAAACGUUGUUUUGCCCUGGGAUACCCGGUGCUGGAAAGACUAUUCUGACCGCUAUUGUGGUUGAAGAUCUCCACACCCGUUUUAACAAAGACCCGACAGUCGGCAUUGCGUAUAAUUACUAUAACUUCAAGAGCCAAGACCAACAAACCGCUGAUAAACUUAUGGCAAGUCUCCUGAGGCAGCUGUGUUUCUCUCAAUCGUCACUGCCCGAAGUUGUGCAAUCUCUCUAUGAUAAGCAUAGUUACAGGAAGACUCAGCCAUCCUUGGAAGAAAUUGCAAGCGCUCUACAAGUUGUUGCCAGAACCUUUUCUCGAGUCCUCAUCAUAAUCGAUGCAUUGGAUGAAUCCCGAGUCCAAGAGCGACCUCUAUUUCUCUCCGAACUCUUCAAAGUUCAGGCAGAAAUCAGCGUUAAUAUUUUUGCAACUUCACGACCGAUUUUAGAAAUCAAAAACUUGUUCCGGGGAUGCAUUACGUUAGAUGUCGUGGCUAGCCCAGAGGACAUAUACAAGUAUGUCGAUGGUCACAUGUCGAUGCUUCCAAAAUUUGUUCACAAAAAUAUCAUUCUAAAGGAGCAACUAAAGGCUGGAAUUACUAAAAUCGCUCAAGGAAUGUUCCUGCUAGCACAGCUCUAUCUCGGCACUUUGGAGGAUAAGGUCACGCCGAAAGAGAUGAAGCAAGCAUUGAGGAAAUUCCAGCGAAUAAGCCUGGGAAAUGCGAAAGACCAAAAACGUGAAGUAUUAAAAGCUAUUUACGAUGAUACAAUGAAGAGAAUCAAGGAGCAGAAACCAGGUUUCUGUCAUCUGGCGACAAAUGCUUUAUCUUGGCUUUCCCAUGCGAAGAGACAGCUUAAAACAGUAGAGCUUCAGCACGCCCUCGCAGUGAAUAUGGAGGUGGACAGUGGCCGUGGCCGGAUUCCAGAAAAAUUUCAUGCUGACAGUAUCCCGGACAUUGAUCUGAUAGUCUCGAGUUGCCAUGGAUUGGUCACCGUCGACGAAGAGAGCCAAGUCAUACGAUUAGUACAUUACACGACACAAGAAUAUUUUGAUCGAAUGCGACGACAGUGGUUCCCUGAAGCAGAAACCAAAAUUGCAAAUGUCUGCACACUAUACAUCACAGUUGAUGAGUUCUACUCAUAUGAAAAUGAGAGGGAAAACUACCCUAGGAUUGAGAAAAAGCUGCAACUGGACCCCUUUUUCGGCUACGCAUGUGCGAACUGGGGUUAUCAUGCGCGUGGAGCUGACUCUUCUAGUCAUUUCAUUCAUGUUUUCCUCGCAGAUAAGUGGAGUGUUAGGACUGCAGCUCAGACCGUGUGCUACAUGCAACUGUUUCAGGCCAACAAUUGGAACGUCAUGGAUAUCACGCUCGUGACAGCGCUAGAACUUGCCGCUUUUUUCGGGGCUGUAGAUUUGAUGUAUAGGCUUCCAAGCAUCCUAAAUACUUCUUUCAGGGUUGAUGAUCUUGACAGUGCCCUUUACAGCGCUCUAUACAAUAAGCAGAGUGAUGCUAUCAUGCUACUUCUUGACAUGGGCGCGGACAUUGGCGCCAAGGAUCGAUAUGGGAGGAAACCGCUGCAUAGGGCAGCACUUUGGGGUGAUGUGGAUGGAGUCCGGUUACUUUUAGACCUUGGCGCCGAUCCCAACGCAUAUGAUAAAUGGUCUCAGACGGCUAUCCUGCAAGCGGCAUAUCGAGGCCACACAGCUGUAGUCCGGUUACUUCUUGAAAGGGGUGCUGAUUUUGCCAAGGCAGACACUAACCGCUUGACGCCGGUUGAUUAUGCUGUAUAUGAUGACAACAAGGCCAUGAUCCAGGACUUUCUCAAGACGGUUACUGGGUCGAAGCCAAGAGUCUACCUCCUGAAGAAUACGAUACUUAGGGCUGCAAUAAACUGUUCGGAUUUUGAGGCCUUUAGGCUAGUUUUUGAAGAAGGCCCUCGACCGAAAUUGAAUGGAAGAUUUGGUAGCAAGCUGCUGUUCAAGGCAGUGACGCGAAAUGAAGCCUCUAGACGGGUGUAUCGGGUGGACCGAUAUGAACUUAAGGGUGAUUUGGCUAUUGUCGAGCUGCUUCUUGCCAAGGGUGCUAAACUAAUACAGAGCGGCAGUUAUGGAAAAAAGAGAAUGCUUGCUAGGACAGGCAUCAGCCACGAAUGGCUUGCUCAAAAAAUACCUGCGCUUUUCACCGAAGAGAGACGCUGGAUAAGGAAAAGUUGCCGUACAUGA